AUGAAAGUCAGCCAGCUCUAUGUCUACCCAAUUAAAUCCCUCCGACCGACAACAAUCACAGAAGGAAUCCUCACCACACGCGGCUUUCAAUAUGACCGCCACUUCAUGCUCCUCAAAGUUGCCCCAGCUGAGGAUGGCUCCGACACCACAAUCCUGAAGAACAUGCAUGUCUCGCACUUCCCAGAGAUGACCCUCUUCCACACCAACAUCGAGUAUCCGCAGACAGAGAAGGACAGCGGGAAAUUAAUUAUCACGUAUCACCCUCCUCUGUCAAAAUCAGCUCCCAAACCUCGCGAAACCACCCGAUUGGAAAUUCCACUCCAGCCUAACCCAAAAACCCUCAGCCGCCUCGAAGUCGUAAUGCACCAGAGCCCAACAAUAGGAUACAACAUGGGUGCAGAGUACAAUGACUGGUUCAGCGCCCGCUUUGGGUACCCUGUAGUCCUAGCCUACCUUGGACCGAAUUCAAGAGAAGUGCUUGGCACACUCGCGCCAGCAAAGCAAGACAAAAAGACGGCGCUGCGUACAAUACGUGAAAGCCUAACAAAUCCCGACAGGAAAUGGGAGCGGGUUCUCCCGAUUCUCAUUGUAGCUUCUGCGAUCAAUGUACUCCUUCAGGGCAGUACACUUGUCCGCGACGGGAUAACCCCUCAAACAGCUCGCAGUCUCACACCCACGCUCCUUUUCACCGCUAGUGCGGCGGUGUUAUAUUGCUUUUAUACCCUAUACGCACAGCACCAAGACCGCAUUACUUUCGCAGACUGCGCACCCUAUCUUGUUAUAUCCGAGACAUCCGUUGAUGAUGUCUCAGCGCGGCUACCGGAGGGGGAAGAAAUGGACCGUACGAAGUUCCGGCCUAAUAUUGUUAUUUCGGGGGCUGGGGAGGCUUUCGAAGAGGAUUUUUGGGGGGCGCUGACUAUGGGCGCUGGAUCAAGCCUUAAUGUUGAUUACGAGACUGGGAAGAUGGGGACUGGUGAGUCUGGUGCUGUGCUUAAGAAGUUGAUGAAGGAUCGCAGAGUGGAUUCUGGGGCGAAGUUUAGUCCUGUCUUUGGUAGGUAUGCUUUCUUAGAGCCCAAGGGCGAGGGGAUUAAUCUGAGGGUCGGGGAUGAGGUUGCGGUUGCCGAGAAAGGGACUAGAAGGUCUACUUUUGAUUGGCCUGGCCUGACGAAUUGA